CCUGCAGCAGAACCAGCACCACCCGCUUCAGUAGGAAGUGACUAUGCAGAGCCUGCAGCAGAACCAGCACAAUCUUCAGCUUCAGAAGGGGUUAGCGCGGCAGCGUCAUCAAGUUUAGCAACGGAAACGACCCCUCAGGGCUUUCCCGAAAGUGUUAGUCCCAAUGGAGGAAGUGAAAUGCUUUCUGAAUCUGCACCUGCAACAGCUACCCAAGAAGAAGCAGGCAUUGCCGAGAAUCCACCUUCUUCUGGAGUUGAAGGUCAGUUAGUGUGCAAGUUGUAA